GCACAUAUAGAAGCUCCUUCUUCCUCUCCGGACGACAGGUUGGACUCCGGGCUUCUUGGUCUCCAUAGCUCAAAGAAGGAAAUAAUAUGGUAAUGGCGCUACCAAUAGUUCGUCCGAGCCAGGAAGAACCGCCGACGGGGGAGCAAUUCAGCUACCAGCUCGCUGCCGCUGUGAGGAGCAUCAACUGGAGCUACGCCAUAUUCUGGUCCAUUUCAACCAGCCGUCCAGGGGUACUGACCUGGAAGGACGGGUUCUACAACGGCGAGAUAAAGACGAGGAAGGUCACCAGCUCGGCGGACCUCACCGCCGACCAGCUCCUCCUGCAGAGGAGCGAGCAGCUGCGGGAGCUCUACCAGUCCCUCCUGUCCGGCCAGUGCGACCACCGGGGGAGGCGCCCGGCCGCCGCGCUCUCGCCGGAGGACCUCGGGGACGCCGAAUGGUACUACGCCGUCUGCAUGAGCUAUGCCUUCCGCCCUGGCCAAGGGUUGCCAGGCAGAAGCUUUGCGAGCAACGAGCCUGUUUGGCUGUGCAAUGCUCAGUGCGCAGACACCAAAACUUUCCAGCGCUCGCUCUUAGCGAAGACGACGUCUAUCCAGACGGUCGCCUGCAUUCCCUUGAUGGGUGGUGUGCUUGAGCUCGGGACGACAGAUACCGUUUUGGAGGACAGGGACAUGGUGAACCGGAUCAGCACAUCUUUCUGGGACCUGAAGAUCCCAACAAGCUCGAAGCCGGAGGAGCCCUCCAGCCCAUCAGCAGACGACGCUGGUGAGGCCGACAUCGUGUUCCAAGACCUCGACCACAACACCAUGGCCGCGAUGAUCCCCGGGGAACUCGAGCUAGGGGAGGUCGAGUGCCUGUCCGACGACAACCUCGAGCGGAUCACGAAGGAGAUCAACGGGUUCUACGGCCUCUGCGACGAGCUGGACGUCGGCGCUCUCGACGAAAACUGGAUCAUAGGCGGGUCUUUCGAGGUCAUGUCCUCGCCGGAAGCGCCACCGGCGCCUGCAGCCACCGGCGGCAUCACUGAUGGUAUUGUCACUUUAAGCGCCGCUGCGUCCUCUCUCUCAUCGUGCUUUACGGCUUGGAAGAGAUCGUGGGACUCAGCCGAAGACAUGGCUGCGCCGGUCGCCGGGCAGUCGCAGAAGUUACUGAAGAAAGCUUUGGCCGGUGGUGUGUGGGCGAUUAACGGCGGCGGCGGCGGCGGCACGGCGAGAGCUCAGGAAAGUAGCAACACCAAGAACCAUGUCAUAUCGGAGAGGCGGCGCCGGGAGAAGCUCAACGAGAUGUUCCUGAUUCUCAAGUCACUGGUGCCGUCCAUUCACAAGGUGGACAAGGCAUCCAUCCUAGCUGAGACGAUAGCCUAUCUCAGAGAGCUGGAGCAAAGGGUGGAGGAGCUAGAAUCCAACAGGGCGCCGUCGCGGCCGGCCGGAGCAGCCGUCCGGAGACACCAUGACGCCGCGGCGAAGAAGAUGUUAGCUGGAUCCAAGAGAAAGGCGUCGGAGCUCGGCGGGGACGACGGCCCGAACAGCGUCGUCAACGUCACGGUGACGGAGAAAGAGGUGCUCCUGGAGGUGCAAUGCCGGUGGAAGGAGCUGCUGAUGACGCAGGUGUUCGACGCCAUCAAGAGCCUCCGCCUGGACGUGCUCUCCGUGCGCGCGUCGACGCCCGACGGCCUCCUCGCUCUCAAGAUACGAGCUCAGUUCGCCGGUCGUGGCGCCGUGGAGCCCGGGAUGAUCAUCGGAGCGCUUCAGACAGCUACACGCGGGCGCUGAAAAAAAAGGAUGCUGCUGAGACACUGGUACUGUACUGUAGAUCCGCGUCACGAGCUGGGACAUACAUGAAAGAUUGACAAUGAUGGUGGCUAUCUUCUUCGGACAUGACAAUUAUUUUCGUUCGUUCCGAUGUGCAGUGAUGUGGGACGUGACAAAUAGAUUUCCGAUCUUUGGAUCCA